AUGGUUGUUCUUGCUGCUUCUAUAUGCACCCGUGGUGGUAAAACAAUCCUUUCUCGUCAAUUCAGAGAUCUUCCUAAAGACCGUGUUGCCGCUCUUCUUGCAACAUUUCCCAAACUCAUUAACACAGGCACUCAACACACCACGGUUGAAGAUGACAAUGUGAGAUAUGUUUACCAGCCCAUUGAGGAGCUUUAUAUUGUCCUUAUCACAAACCUCCAGUCAAACAUUCUCCAGGACAUUGACACCUUACGCUUGCUUUCAUCCAUCGUCACUUCUAUUGUUCGGUCAGUUGAUGAGCGCGACGUUUUGGCCAACUGCUUUGAGAUUCUUUCUGCCUUUGAUGAGGUUUUGUCUCUUGGUUACCGCGAGAACCUUACCCUGUCCCAAGUUACCACCUUCCUUGAGAUGGAGAGUCAUGAAGAGAAGAUCCAUGAGAUCAUUGAAAGAAACAAGGAAAUUGAAGCUGCUGAGGAACGUAAGCUUCGGGCAAAGAUGCUGGAAAUGUCUCGAAAUGAAAACAAGGGAGCUCCUCGCAAUUUGACUUCCUUUGCACCAUCUUCGCUUUCUUCCGCUUUUGGCAGCAACAACGCCGCCAACAACACUUCUUUCAAAAACAAUUCAUACAGCAGCAAUGGCAACAACUCUGCCACUGAUCUUACUGUCGACGACAGCUUUUCUCAGCCCAAGCCCCGCGCUGCUCCUCCUCGGGGCAAAGGUCUGCAGCUGGGCAAGAAGAAGACUGAUGCUCUCCACGCGUUACGUGGUUCUAUAGCUGAUGAGUCUGCCAGCUUGAUUUCUAACGCUGAGGAAAUUAGCUCGAUACGACAACAAUCACAAAAGAAGCCAGCGGCGGCAAAGAGCUCAGAGCCUGCAAAUGAAGGUAUAUACGUUCUUAUUAAGGAAGAGCUGACUGCCCAGAUUUCCCGCAUGGGUGAUAUCCAAAGUGCCGAAAUUAAGGGCUCCUUGCAACUACAAAUUGGCAGUCCUUCUCUGACAUCUAUCCAGCUUCUUGUUGAAGCCGAUGGUCCUCCAGGACAAUACCGCACCCAUCCCAAUGUUGACAAGGCAGCCUUUUUGCAAAGCAAGACCAUCAAGGUUAAGGACCCCAAGAGACCAUUCCCUGGUAAUAAUCAGCAGCUCAGUGUGUUACGCUGGCAAUCAGUUCUCAAGUCCGAGGUUGAGCGGGCUUCAGCUAUUCCCAUUGAAUUCCACUGCUGGUUCACUCCCAACCAGGAUGGCAACAUUACUUGCAUUGUUGAGUAUGAGCUGAGCAGCACUACGGAGGAGUCGCUUAAGGAUAUCAAGAUUCAAAUUCCGUUAAUGUCUGGGAACGCGUCGGUUGCGAGCGAAGACCAGACAUGGAAUCAGUAUGAUGACGAGAUUGAGUGGAUAAUUCCUGAAAUGGUUCCUGGCGAGGACAAUGCUUCUGGAAGCUUGGAGUGGGUUGCUGAGGCCACUUCAGAGGACGAUUUCUUCCCCAUGAUUGUUAGCUUUUCUUAUAAGAAUCCUGUCACCACAUUUGGUAAAGUCAAUCUUGUGGACGUUGCUGAGCUCGAAGACGAAAAUGCUUCUGUUUUAUUCAAAAAGGACAUUGUUAUUGAGUCUUCUAAUGUCACAAUUGUUUAA